GCUGCUUCGUGCUUGUAGCGUUGGGGGCGUCGCUUUGUUGGUGAUGUGGCGCUCUGAGAUCGGGGUCGAGCCGGCUGCCGCCAGCCCUUCGUCGUUCUGGGAGCUCCUCGCCUUGCUGGGACGAGAACCCGAUGAACUCAGCUGUGUUUCUGAGAAGCAUCCCUUGGGUCCUUGGCCCCUGAAGACUCUUAUGUUACUGGAGGGCUCAGGAAGUAACCGCCAAUGGCAGCUCUACUGCGAGGGCCUGAAGAAGUUUCUUGCCUUUAGAGAAUGCAUGGCACUGCCUGCAGUUUGGCCAGUUCCAGUGAGUCAAGUGAAAGGGUUCUUGGUCAUCAUGGAGUCCCAGGAUCUGCCUCUCACAAAAAUAAUAAAGUACUUGGAAGGACUAUCCUUCAUCUCCAAAAUGGUAGAUCAUCCUGAUCCUCUUCAAGACCCCGCCAUCUGUCACGUGAUAUCAAGAUUGAAACGUAGGACUGCCCUUUCAAAAGAUAAAUACUCUCCUGUAACAAUUGAAGUGUUAAGAUCUCUCCUGGGAACUCUGGAGUCUGUGUGUAGCUCUCCUUAUGAGUGUAUAUUGUUCCGUGCCUUAUUUACUGUCGCUUUUUGGGGGGCACUACACACAGAAGAAAUAGUGGCAAAUCAGAGAAAUGUAGUGCAGCCAAAGCUCUUGUACUUGAGUGAUCUCCAGCUGACUGGCUGGAGUGCAAACCUUUGCUUGCAUACAUCUCAAAUAGGUCAAGAAAGGUCUUUGGUCCAACUGGGACUUUCUAGAGAGAUGUGGAUCUGUCCUGUUGAAGCUCUCCGUGUCUAUGUGGCGGCACGGCCACAAGGAGAAGGUCCUCUCUUUGUGCAUUUGGAUAGUAGGCCUGUCACAAAGAGAGAGUUCUUAACAGUCUUCCGACGUGCUCUUGGACUUGCUGGACGUCCUCCAAAUCACUAUGGUGUACAUUCCUUCUGGCUGGGGGCUCUUGUAACAGCAUGGUCUUUGUGGGUAUUCUGAUGAAGCCACUGACAGAAUAGCAAGGUGGAGAUGAGUUAGUUGAAAGAGGACCUAAUUACAACUAUCCGUUGGACAUCUGUGGUGAUGGAUAUCUUCUGCAAGGCAGAGAUGUUUUCUACUGAAUAUAGUUUCAGUACCCUGCUAAGCUGUAGAAAAGGAGUAACUGCUACCUUUCUCACCCAAGAUGGCUUUGAGGCUGUCUUGGUUUUAAAACUAUUGUGACUUGUGGGUCUGUUGGUAUGUAUGCAUACAGCAUGUUUGUGCUGGCUGUAUUCUGACCUUAUGUAAUUUUUUAUUAAACUGCAUUUUCUUUUAAUAAACUCUUCUAGUCUUUUUGUUGUGUGCUGGUCAAAGGCUGUGAUUCUGCACAACAGUGACAUGUUAACUUGGUACAAGCAUACAUCCUAUUUACAUUCUGAUGGAAUGAGAAAUAAAACUAGCUGAUGACUGACAAUUUGAAGCUAAGCUGUGGAUAUGAAGAGAA